UUUUUAAACAUCAAAAUGACCACGUACGCCUUUUUUCCUCGACAAAUGUUCUGGUCUGUAGAUUUCUCGUAUGUACCGCGAAUUCAUUUCAGCAUGGCAUCCAUAAACACCAACAACAGCGUUAAUGCAAAGGAGAGACUGGAAGAAGAAUACAAGGCCUGGCAAAGAAGCCACCCACAUGGAUUUCAAGCAAAACCAUCACAAGAAGAUAAUGCAGAAAAUUUACUACUUUGGAAUUGCGCUAUCCCAGGAAGGCCCAAGACACCUUGGGAGAAUGGUUUAUAUAAACUUCAAUUAAAAUUUACCAAAGACUAUCCAUAUCAACCUCCAAAUUGCACAUUCAACCCUCCUAUAUUUCAUCCAAACGUGUAUCCCUCUGGAAAGGUCGCAUUAUCUAUAUUAGAAAGAGACUGGACUCCACAAAUAACGAUAAAACAGAUUCUGCUUGGAAUACAACUUUUGCUCGAUGAUCCAAAUUUCAACAAUCCCGCUCAAGUUGAAGCGUUUGUACUUCACAGCCAAGGCAAACAUCUGUAUGAACAGCGAGUGAAAGAACAAGCAAAGAAAAUGACCCCCGGUAACUGAACAAAUUGUUGUUAAAAUUAACGUAAGACCUGGGAAGCAAGUUGAAUCAACCGAUACAGGUUCAAGACGGGGGCAACAAACAAUCACUAUAACCAACUUCUCACAUCCUAUCUCACUUUUUAUGACUUCACAGACAUAUUUAAGAUGUUUCUUUUUGUCAGACAUCUUUAAGAUGUUUUAUUUUGUAAAAUUUAGAUUUUCUUUUCCAAAUAUCAAAUUAAAUUUUUUGAUAA